AUGGCGUUUCUCUUCAAGUCCAAGAAACACCAGGACCGCACGACAACCAGUCGCGACGGCAGCUCAGGCUCCCAGGGGUCCAUCCAGAAUGCCCCCGGACGCGUGGUGGCCAGAGACGACAAGAACACAGCAUUGCAGCGCGCAACGCCCACGGGCAGCCUGCAUUCUAUCGACAAUGACACCAGCACUUCCAGCCCUGAUCAGGGCGGCCCAGGCCAUGCACGCCGUGCUGGCAGCGUGGAUACGCCUCAGACGAGUGAUUUGCCAUUUCGCAACACUCCUCCCGUGAGCAAUUCAAACGCUUCGCUCUACCCAUGGUCGCAGCGGCGAUUGACCUAUACCUCGUCGCAUCCGAGCCCGUUCCCACGAUAUGGCGCCGCCGUCAACGCACUCGCCUCGAAAGAAGGAGAUGUUUACUUGAUGGGUGGCUUGAUUAACAGCUCAACAGUCAAGGGCGACCUUUGGAUGAUUGAGGCUGGUGGUAGCUUGAAUUGCUACCCCUUGGCGACCACCGCUGAAGGCCCGGGGCCUCGUGUUGGCCAUGCCAGUUUGUUAGUCGGCAACGCUUUCAUCGUGUAUGGUGGAGACACCAAAAUCGAUGACAACGAUAUCCUGGACGAGACGCUAUAUCUACUUAAUACUUCAACACGGCACUGGUCUCGCGCCUUGCCUGCGGGAUCUCGCCCGUCAGGGCGCUACGGCCAUUCGCUUGUUAUUCUAGGCUCCAAGAUAUACAUCUUCGGUGGUCAGGUCGAAGGUUUUUUUAUGAAUGACCUCUCUGCCUUUGAUCUCAACCAGCUACAGUCGCCAGCCAACCGAUGGGAGAUUCUUAUCAAGGCGGAAGCGAGUCCAAAGAUACCUGCUGCACGAACGAAUCAUUCCAUUGUGACAUUCAACGACAAGAUGUAUUUGUUUGGUGGUACCAAUGGAUUCCAAUGGUUUAACGACGUCUGGUGCUACGAUCCUGCAGUCAACAAGUGGGCGCAACUGGACUGUAUCGGUUAUAUACCCGCUCCUCGUGAGGGCCACGCUGCCGCUAUAGUGGACGAUGUCAUGUACAUUUUCGGCGGAAGAACUGAGGAGGGCACAGAUUUGGGCGACCUUGCGGCAUUCCGCAUCACGCAGCGGAGAUGGUAUACUUUCCAAAACAUGGGUCCCUCUCCCUCGCCUCGGUCUGGGCAUAGUAUGACAACGGUUGGGAAAUCCAUUGUAGUGCUUGGCGGAGAGCCUAGCACUGCUUCUCCGUCUACGAACGAUCUUGGUAUCCUCUAUGUACUGGAUACGACUAAGAUUCGGUAUCCCAAUGACGCUCCAGGGGGACCUCAAAGAAUACCCCAGGCGCGACGCCCCAGCGAUGCGUCGAAUCCUAAUAGGCAAUCGCCAAUGCGCGAUGUGUCCAAUGGAGGAGGACCUCCUGAUCCUAGAAACGCACUUGGUGGCCCUACUGGCCAGAGAGUCCCUUCAAACGGCAUGGAGCCAAACGGCCCUCCGGGUCCAGGAAACAAAAUGCGAGCUGGUUCGACCUCUAGCCCCUCCGGACCGCCGCCACAAGGCCCAACUCCUGCCAAGCCAGGUGACCCAUCUGCCAUAGGACGAGUUCGAGGCGCCUCUGUUGACCGAGCAAUGGCGACCGGCUCACCACAGCUGACUUCUGCUCCAUCUCCCAUUGCUCGCGAGGCAAUCCCCGAGGGCGAAGUGCCCCCACCCACAGGCAAAAUGCGCCCAGGAAACUCGUCAGGCUCGAUUGAUGCUACGGGAGAAGGAAUGCAAAGGAUGGCACCGAAUCGACCAACAUCACCCACGCAUCUAAGCAAGCCGAUAAAUACUUCAUUAAACCGACGCUCAUCCGGCCGAAACUCGCAGACAGUUGCACUUCUAAAAGAGCUUGACUCCGCCCGCAAUCGAAAUGCGUGGUAUGCGUCGGAGCUAGAGCUAGCCAGGAAAGCGGGUUAUGUGGCCAACGCAUCCAUGGGGCCCGCGCUUGACGGAAAAGCCAUUGAAACUUUUGACGAUGAAGAUCGGCCGUUGAUCGAGGCACUUCUGGCCAUGAGGACGGAACUAGCGAAUGUUCAGAACGCUGUGGAUAAACAAGCCAUUGUUGCUGCCAAGCAGAUUGCGGAGGCAGAAAGGCAGCGAGAUGUUGCCAUUCAAGAAGCCGUCUAUGCCAAGGCUAAGUUGGCUGCUCAGAGCGGCGGCAGCCCAUCCAGCACCCCUCAGCCCGAUGGCGAGCGAGACGACGCUGGCGCUAGAUCGGCAGAGAUGAGCAAAAAGCUUGCGUCUGCUCUCAACCACCAGAAGAGUCUUCAAACGCAGCUAGAGUCUGCAAAGUCCGAACUUGAAGCCGAGAAAAGGGCCCGAAAGCUUGCUGACGAUACAUCGGCAGCCGCCCAGAAGCGCAUGGUCGAAUUGGAGAAUUAUAAGCAGCAAACGUCUGGCGAGGUCGAGCGUCUGAAAGCAGAGCUUCACUUUUCGCAGCGUGAAGCUCGGGAGCAGUCCGUGGCUAGUGCCGAGGCUGUGGCGUCUUUGGAACUAUUAAUGGUCGAGAAGAACUCGAUUUCAAGGAAGCUUGAUGAGAUUUCUGAUUCAUCUAAUGGCCGUGAAGAGACGUUUGAAUCUCUUAGAGCCGCUAUUGAAGCGUCCCAAGAUGCUACCGCCCAUCUCGAGACAAAACUCGAAGAGGAGAGAACCCAGAGAGAAAAGGUCGAAGGGAAGUUGAGUAAGCUCAAGGCUGAACACGAAGCACGCACAGCAGAGCUGGUUGCCGUGACCCAACGCCUGCGAGAUGCCGAAGAGCUUGCCGAGAAACAUGCUACUGAAGCACGGACUCACCGAGAGGCUGUGUUGUCUGGACUUCAUAAGCUCACAUCUAAAGAUGAGGCGAACGCGCAUAAUCCAGAUGCUGAUCGUGCUCUUGCACUCCAGAACCAGCUGACUGCCGCAAACGCCUUGGUUAAGAAGUACCAGCAGGAAGCUGAUGUAGCUGCUGAUAGGCUGCGUGGUGCGGAGGAGCGGAUUGCCGGCCUCGAGCAGUACCAAGAGCAAUCUAGCCGAGAAGGCGUCGGUAUUCGACGACAGCUUCAGUCAGCUCUGAGGGAAAGCCAGAGUCUCCAGGCCGCUCAUUCAGAUAUGAAGAACCAACUGGCUGCUCAGCAGCUCGAAACGAAUGCCAUGACUGUGCAGCAUAAUGCACUCAAAGACAUUCUUGUUGAACGAGGCAUUAGCCCCACCGCUGCUGCUAGAUCGCGCGGCCUCAAUAGCCCGCGGACAGGGACUCCCGAGCAGCAGAACCGCCUGCGAGAGCUUGAGUCUCAGCUGGCCAACAUUAGCGCUGCUCAUGAAGAGACUAAGCAGACUUUCGCCAUGCAGGCCCAAGAUUCCGAAACUGCGUAUCGUGAGAAGUUAUCUCAACUUGAGAGCGAUUACCAAUCGGCGGUGCACUAUGUUAAGGGAACUGAGAAGAUGCUGAAGCAGCUCCAGGAGCAACUGACACGCUACAAGACGGAGAAUAGCCACUUAAAAUCAGAGGUCGAGGGACUUGAGGAUAGGCUGCAGGCCGGCUCAGACGAGGCCGGCUCUGCUACUUGGGAGAAGGAGCGUGCCGCUUUUCAGGGCAAGAUUUCUGAGUUGGAGGCCGAAUUCCGCGGUUCCGCUUCUCAGCUGGAGAAGAACCUUGAAAGCCUCCAGGCUGAAUUGCUGGAGAGCAAGCAGCAACGGGACGAGAUUAGUGCAAACCUUAGCACACAGCGCAAAGAGCUGGAGCAGUUGCAGUCGGAAAAUGUCCUCCUCGAACAACGUGCUUCUGAUGCCGAGCAGAAGGUUUCUCUACUCUUGGAUCAAGUUGAGCACUCUGUUGAUACCUACCGCCGUCGUAGUCGGCACGUUGAGGGGAUGGUGCCACCAAAUGGACUUGGCCAUAGUCGCAACGAAAGCUCAGAGGGAGAAAGCAUUUAUGGAGAGAGUAACCUUGGCAACCUUGGCAACAUUGGCAACAUGGGCAACAUAGGCAACAGGAAUAGUGCUGCACUGGACAACCUCGCAAGCGAGCUGGAGACUCUUCGAAACCACUGGGAAACGACGAACAAGAACUAUCGCUUGAGUACCAACUUUGAUUUUGACUCUGCAGCCCCCCUUCAGCCGGAAGACGAGACUCCUACCAUUGGAAUGAGCGAGAAUCUCGCUGAUUGGAGAAGGCGACUUGAUACAGACCACCACCCAGACAACAAACAAAACUGA